AAAAACCAAAAUGACUACUACUCAUUGGUUUAAUAAUAGUCACUGACUCGUCGUUUUCUCGAAGGAACUCAUCAUUCUCAAUCCGAUUUUAUCACCUAUCGAAGAAUCGGAAAUUAUUACAAUCCGAUCUAAACUCGAAAACAAAUUCCAGAUAUGUCGAAGAUUGGGCAGAGAGGGAUUCACUACUUACAGCGACUCAAUUCCGCGUCGUUCACGACCGUGUCAGCUUCUUCGAUCGAGAAAGGGCAGAAUCGGGUUAUCGAUGCUUCGUUAACUCUCAUUCGUGAAAGGGCAAAACUCAAAGGAGAGUUAGUGCGUCUCUUAGGAGGAGCUAAAGCUUCAACAUCUCUUCUUGGUGUCCCACUCGGUCACAACUCUUCUUUCCUUCAAGGUCCUGCCUUUGCUCCUCCAAGAAUCAGAGAAGCUAUUUGGUGUGGUAGCACCAACUCCUCCACUGAAGAAGGGAAGGAGCUAAAUGAUCCACGGGUUCUAACUGAUGUUGGAGAUGUUCCGGUACAAGAGAUCAGAGAUUGUGGAGUUGAUGAUGAUAGACUAAUGAAUGUAAUAAGCGAAUCUGUAAAGCUUGUAAUGGAAGAGGAACCAUUGCGUCCGCUGGUCUUAGGUGGAGACCAUUCCAUAUCUUAUCCAGUUAUUAGAGCGGUUUCUGAGAAGCUUGAAGGACCUGUGGACAUUCUUCAUCUUGAUGCACAUCCUGAUAUAUACGACUGUUUCGAAGGCAACAAGUACUCCCAUGCCUCUUCCUUUGCUCGUAUCAUGGAAGGUGGCUAUGCUCGGCGCCUUUUACAGGUUGGGAUCAGAUCGAUAAACAAGGAAGGACGAGAACAAGGCAAGAGAUUUGGAGUAGAACAGUAUGAGAUGCGAACUUUCUCAAGAGAUCGCGAAGUUUUGGAAAAUUUGAAACUAGGGGAAGGAGUGAAGGGUGUGUACAUCUCCAUUGAUGUUGACUGUCUUGACCCGGCGUUUGCACCUGGAGUGUCACACAUCGAACCAGGAGGUCUCUCGUUCCGAGACGUUCUUAAUAUUUUACAUAAUCUUCAAGGAAACGUGGUCGGGGCUGAUGUUGUCGAGUUCAACCCGCAGCGUGAUACUGUCGACGGCAUGACGGCCAUGGUCGCCGCUAAGCUUGUUAGAGAACUAGCGGCAAAAAUCUCAAAGUGAAUCAGAAUCGUGUCCUGUAGUUUCUAGUUUUGCUAUGUUUCGGUGUUGUUCUGCUAUGUUUCGGUGUUGUUUUGCUAUGUUUGGUGUUUCACUUCCGAGUUUGGACAUCUCCAAGUAAAUCUCGAAGUUUGUAAUACUGGUUUGCGUUCUUGACAAAGAUGCAAUAAUAGACUUGCCAUGUAGACAGAACAGUAAUAAACUUACCAUGAAUAAG